ACCAUAUGCAAUCUUAGUAAUCAUGUAUCGAUAAUCAGGCCCUAUGAGAGUUCGCUUCGCUUCACACGAGCCUUCAUAUUUGUGACUCUUGUUUAUUUUGAAAAUUGUUUCAUGGAGGACACGUGUUGGUAAACAAAUGGUAUUGACACACAGGUGCGGCUAUGACGUAAACCUUGGCAUUUUUUAAUAUUUUGGUUUCAAGAAACAUAGUGUUUUCACAUUAUUUGCUUCGAAUGUUAUAUGUUAUAUUUCUGUUGGAAAACAAUAUUUCAAAUUGUUACAAUUAUGUUAUAAAUCAAGGGUGCCAAAAUAUUUUUACUCUCAACUGCAGAGAUUUCUGCUUUAUUCAGUUGGUUUAAAGCUCCUGAUUCUCUGGUGCACAGUCGCAUUACAUUUUUAGAUAUUAUUUAUAUAGUUAUUAGUAUCUAAUAAUAUCUAAAACUAAAGCCUUAUUAAGCCCAAACAGAUCUGUUGAUGCAGCACAAAUUUAGCUUUUUAUUGGGCCUAUUCGGCUUCAGGACAAUUCUCGUCUGUUUACAUAACGGCCUAUUUCAUGAAUGGGCCUAGCACUGCAGCACCCGUAGCAUCCAUCUUCAUCCGGCUCCUGUCUCAAACUAUUGGAUCCAAGGUGCUACUUUUCUAGUGUUUGUUCUGUCAGCAUCGUCGUCAUGUUUGGCAAAUUAAUUAUUGCAUGCCACAGCAUACUCGGAAUCUUAUGUCAGGUACAAUAUGAAAAAGCGUGCACACAGUGAAUUUUUUACAGCCUUUUGUACACACAAACUUUAAAUAAAGGAAUAAAGGUUUAUUCCAGGUUGAAUAGUAUCCAAGGGUGGUACAAUUCCUCAAAAAUUGCUUAAAAGACCUAACUGCUCGAGUCUUGUUUACAUAUUUUUUACUUCUAAACUAUGUGCGUCACUUUGUAGCAAAGAAAUAUUUCUAACUAGAAAAGGAAGUUGACUGAGUUAUAUUUUUUUUUAAAUUGAAAUUAAUUUUGUUUUCGAGUCACAGACGCUUUACUUUCUGAAGUUUAUUUAUGUAGAUGACCUUUUCUAUCGGAAGAAAUCCCAUUUUUUUAAACAAACGAUCUUGCCCUUUUUGCGUAAGUUAUAAAGAUACUCAAUACCUUUGCCGACAACUGGGGGCAACACCUUGAAUAAAUAUCUAAAUUCUACUGAUAAACCGUGCCAAAAAUAACCAGUUUAUAAUGAUUUAAUGUGUUAUAGGUUGUGGGUAGAUAACACAAAGUGGGUUGAUAAUAAGACUUGAAUAAUUGGAUAAGACUUGUGAUUAUGUAUCACAUGUCAUGGCUUUGCGUACGUCUAUUUACAAUUACUUGACUUGCUUAUUGAUUUGUAUGAAAGUUGCUAUGCUGUUCACAAACUGAUUUGAGGCCACAAUUUCUGUAUUGUUGUUUAGAGCAUGAAGAUCAUUAAAACAAUCCCCUGAAAUGAUUUUGAGGACCUUUUCAACUAUUAUUCACUCUUAACAUCCUGGAGAUAAAUUUCUUUGUUUUCCUUAAUAACCUCUACUCUCUGUUUGACUUUCUUGCAAUUUAACAACGGUGAUUGCCUAAUCUACAAACAGUUGUGCACUUAUAAAGCUAAUGAAAUUGCGAAUGUGCAAGUGCAGGUGACAACACAGAUUUCAGUGAAGCUUUUAGUUCAUUUAGAUUAAAUAAACGUAUGUUUGUUUGAAUUCCAUCUGCUUUCACCUGCAUUUACAAAGCAAAACACCCCAUGGUCUGCAUUCUUGCAAAUUUGCUUAAAGCUUGCAGUCUCUCCUGGUCGUGCAGUUCUAUUACAAAGCUUUAGUAGGCACAUACUGCCCAGUUUGCCAAGGGAACGUAUUCGUUAGAGGAUAUCGAAAAUUGGUAGGUAGUUCCUAGUUUAUAUCAGUAAGGAUCGUAACAAUGUGCUUCGUUAUGUGCCCGUGAGAAUUUCGAGCGUAAAAAUCAUGCAAUGCACAAAAGCCUGAUCAUAAAUGAAAGAUUAUAUUGGAAGAUUCAAUUGAAGAUAUGGAAAGACACCUUUGAGCAAAGGAGAACAGACUAAUAAAGGAACGUUGAAGAGCCAUUGCUGUUUCUCUACUAAUGCUUCUACGCAGCUGAUAUUUGUGAGGCCGACGAGAAGAGAAAUAUAUGAUUUUUGCCUGAAUCAUAUAUGGCAUGUUUCACAGGCUAAAGACGACAUCUUCUUCGAAACUCCUGAUAUCAUUUUGUUGUUUUCUCUGCAUUGUCAAGUGAAGAGCACCGUCGCAUUCAACUAAGUGUUGGUUUGGAGCAGUAUUGAAGUUAUCUGGAGUAGUAAUUCGUUACAGCUGCGAGGAAAAUAUCGAUACAUAAGACAGUAAUGAAUUACCAUUGAGAUUUAGGUAAUUAAUUUGAUUCACUGCCCUUUCGGAGGAGACAUGGGCCAUGCAAGUGAUGUCAUCGUAUAUAGUGUAAUUGGGAUUGUAACUGUGAUAUUAAACACAAUAGAGAUAGUUUUGAUAAAAAGAACAAAAUCUAAGUUAAAGACGUACCAGCAACUGCUGCUGAGCCUUGCGAUCAGUGACCUCCUGGUAGGCCUAACCAGUGUAAUAAACAGCAUUCUAGCAGCACGUGUAUCGACACAACUUUCAAGGCAAGUUUUCACUUUCAUGGUCAUCUAUUCAUUUACAGCCUCGGUUAUUAACCUGUUUAUAAUCGGCGUUGAUAGGUUAGUGGCCGUGCGGUACCCUCUGAAGCAUGUUAUCUGGGUUCGAAAGGGUACGAUCAUAAAAGCUGCCAUUUAUUCCUGGAUUUUCCUAGGCAUUGAGGUAAUUGCUUUUACUUCAAUAGGUAUUGCCAUUCCUAGUUCUAUGCAUGGGCCAGUAUUAUUUUAUUUAUGGGCAUUGCCGAUAAUUAUCAUUGGGUCCACAAUUGUCUUCCUCAUACUCUACGGUUGUAUCUGUUAUUUUGCCAUGCAUGCACAAAGCAAAGCUGAAAGAAUUCUAAAUGACGAUAUAAAUGCAAGAGGAAAGAGGCAGCUUUCCAGCACCAAUAUUGCCUAUAUUGCAACUACAAAGAAAGAGGAAGCUCACAUUAAAAAAGGCAUUUUUCACGAGAUUCCUAGUGGGCACACUUCUGCGAUGAAAUUGCAAAGCAUUUUCACCAGUAAUGCUCUGCAGGCAGAAGAAAUCAAUCAAGCAGUAGACCAAGAACAACAGAUGGCUCUUGAUAAAGAUCCUUCAGGGCCCUCACCUCAAGCAAAUCUUCAGCCUUCAAAGGAAGUGAAAAAAACCAAGCCUGUAUGCAGAUAUUGCAAAAAGCAAAGAGCACUGGUCAUCACUUGCAGCAUGGUUGUUUGUUCGUUUUUUGUAUGUACCUUGCCUUUUGCCAUAGAAACUCUUGCAUCUACUAGCCAAAGGUUUGAAGUGCUUCUUGUUGUUAACUCCCUUUGCAACCCUCUAGUGUACUUCUUCAAAGGCCUGUGGGGAGAGAAAAGGCUCCGCUCCAGCAAGAAAAAGAACCAUAUUCAAGUUGCUCCUAAUUCGGUUAGUUGUCAGUGCGCCAAGCUGAAGGACGUUAAAAACUGCUAGUUGAAUCAAACGAUUAACUGAUGAACUAAUGGAAAACUGAAAGGAAGUUAGUGACAUCAGAUACUCCCCGUCAGACUCAGCCCUUUUUUUACCAUUGACACCAGCAGUCAUGUAGCAUAAGGAUAUAUAGGCAGCACUGCUACCAAAUUAGAAGAUGGCUUCUCGAACUAACAGCGUUUUAUUGAGGGACGCUGAUCAAUUGAAAUACUGUCUUUAACUGGUUUUAAACUCAAGUUGGCUUGAAUGCGUCAUUUAAACUUAUAACAACACAGAGUCGGUAAGAGAAUAUCGAGAAUUUGGGCAAGUGAAUAGCAUUUUUGCUCAGCAACCGCGUGUUAAACGGCUCUUGGUUUAGUCAUGGCUUGGCAUAUUAUGUUUAACUAUGAGCUUCGUUUCUCAUUGAAGAAAACUGCAGAUGCUGGCAUUGAGAUAAAUCUGCACUGAGUGCGUUAUCAUUCUGAUUUUGUGUUAUUUACUGUAGACUGCAUAUCUUGGUAACCAACUAUCCCAUUUUAGGAAAUCUUUUUUGCUGGAUUCAUUUUCUUUUUAACCAUACUGGUAAUCCUGUUUGUCUUAUACCUUUUUGACUUUGUUGCUAUUGUACCUUAAUUUGAUUUCAAAAAUGUUCUCAUAAAGAUGUUGAAUUUUUAUUUUGUAAUCUCUAAAGCUCGUCUUGUGAUCCAUUUCUUUUUGCAUCUUACUAACUCCUUUAAAGUAUGAGGGCAAAUCUUCUAAAGUAUUUCCUUUUCAAGGGAAAAAAUAAAAACAUUUUUGUUUAGGAUUCUUUCUCCUUCACAUAGCUGAUUCUUGAACAAGGACAAGGGCAAGGCCUAACUUAAUGGUAUAUGGUAAUGGGAAAUAACUUCCCAGUGAGUUCUUGCAUUUUGUAUACAAACCAUUCUCUUUAAGGCUGUUUUAACUUCUAAUGUCAGAAAAGUUGUUUUUUUGACGGUAUAAGAGUCUUGCACUUGUACGGAUUUGCAGGAUUUGCAUGAACGAUGCCGUCUAGCUAUUGUGUUACACAGGGGGUUUCCAGGUUGCCGGCAAAGUAGGUGAACCCCUCGUUUUUGCAACGGAAUUUUUUAUACCAAGGGGGUUAUUUUAAUUGUAUCUGAAGGCUAAUAGACAUAAUCAUAACCAGAACUGGACACAGGGUCUCUUCUUUUUGCUUAAUCGAGCGAAAGGCCCUUUACUUAAAGCUAGUUGCUUUCUUUCUCCGUUGAAGCUGAGCCGAAAGGUCAUUUACCAAAUGAAAUGUAUAACGUGGAUUUAGAUAUACCAUUCUUUGUAAAAUAUGACUUGAAUAAAAAAAAGAAAAAUAAACUUUCGCCAUGAAAACUACUGAAAGCACCUUACUAGCCAUUUGGAGAACAGGCUUGUUGCCUUGCCGAGUUUCAAAGCUGCAGACAGAUUUUUCUUUUAAAUAAAAUUGAGCUUGUCUUUAUUUUUCUGAGUUAAUGAUAAGUAAAAUUGAUAGCUAAAGAAAUUAGAGAGUGAAAAGAAUCCGUCAGUUCAUAAUCGAUCACUAUUUGUUGAUAUUAGAAAAACUGUCCGUCCUUAUUAUUCCCCAAAACAAAGCACAAGCCGUCAUCCACUAUUUAGAAAUAAAGUUAUAAGAUUUUUUAUUUAUACGUGAAUAUGCCGGAGAGGAUUUAAAACUUAACAUAUCUGCGAUUAAACUGUUCAUAAUAACUGAAUUUUUGAGUUGUUAUUUAAACUUCUAAGGCCCUUGGCCAAUGCCUACGCCAAGACGGAAUAAGCCAGCAAAAAUAAAGUUUAUUUAUUUUCAUCUUUAUUUGUUUCCUUGUUCCUUCCUGUCUUCAUUUUACCUCUCUUCUCUCAGCCUUUAUAGAUUAUUUCAUUUCGUUUUUCCUCUAUUUGCUAUUUGUUCUCGUUCUUGUCAUUCAUCGCCUUUCUGCAAAAUUUAUGAUUCUUAUUCUCUAUACACAAGGCUAGCCAUUUUAAUGUCAUUUUUAGUUUAUUUCUAAGACCAGACGUACGUUAAAGAAAACUCUGUUCCAAGUGUUUCAGUAUGCAACCUUUUUAAAAUUAAGAGCUUAAAUAGACAUUGAGUAACUUUCAAAAGACAUUGAAUAACCCAGAUACGCAAAAAUCACAGGGAAACUGCUGACAAGAAGCCUAUCAGGUAUAGCCUGAGUUCCAGACCCUGAUCUGGGGUUCAGGCUAAUCAGGUAGUGUUGAGUAAAGGUCUAAGCAUGAUCAAUUGUAGAACAAUUUCAUAUUUUUUAAGCAUUUCAGUAUCUUAGAAUACUUUUCUGCGUAUGUAAAACUCUACCAUUUGGUCCAUCCUCAAUGUUUCCCAUAUUUUUCAAAUAUUUUGACAAAAUGUUGGACUUAUUAUACCAAUAACAUUUUAAAUUAUUCCCUUUCUAGUUCUGCUUGGCACAUAAUAUUAUACUUAUGACCCUCAUUAGAGGGGUAUAAUCGCGGCCCCUGCCUGCACCACCUCGGCUAAAGAGAAGCUACAAUCCCGCACAAAAAUUUUGUGACAAAAUUCAGUUUUUGUCAUUUUCCACUCUACCUUUCCCCUGUAAAUUCGACUCCCCUCCUUUCCCCCCGAAGAAAUGUUAGAUUUGUAGUUCUAUCAUAUUUGCUUCAAAAUCAUGCAUCUAACAUUGAAUUAAGGGAGGGAGAAAGCUACUUUUCAAAAGAAAGAGAAAAACAUAAAGUUUUCUUGAAAAGUCUGAACUAUUUUUGUCCGGGAUUGUUGGCUUGGUAAGCAAAACCAGGCCUAAAUCAUGGCCUAAAUCGCUUUUAUAGCCAUGAUAAUUUGAAGAGUAGGAAUAAAGGACUGUCUCAAUAUAGUGACCUCUUUUGAGAUCAGGAAAUAAAAGUCCAUAAAAGCUGAUCUUCAUUUUGUCCAGGUGAAAAAGUAGCUUAGACAAAAUCCUAAAACAAGUUGAUUAAUUAGCGAAAAAGAUCCAGUUAAUCUUGAAAUGUUUCUUGCAACAAUGUUGUAAGGCUUUACGCAUAACUUUAUGUCUAGAAUUAUCGUCACACCCCUGAAGGUCAAAUUCCUAAAGUAUGUGUUUUCUUUAAAGGUCGUUAAUAUUUAACAUUCUUUGUAGUCUUGAACUUUUAAUUAGGUUAGAACAAUGGCUUAAAUCUUCAUACGUCAACCAGGCAAUGUACUUUCUUUGCAAUGGUUUUGUUUGGAAGUUAUUUUAUCUAAACAUUGCGGGGAAGAUAGCAAUUUUCAGCAAAUAUGAUGUUCAGCCAAUAUAAUAUGAAUUUUCAGUAAUUUUCACCAUAGUCUGCACAAUGAUGUGAAAGCCUUGAUGCUCUUUUGUUGGCUGGUUCCAAGGGACAUAAAAGCUUGGCAUUGAAAUCACGGCGAUGGCUCUAGGUCUUAGAUUUAUUAAACUCCGAUAUCUCCAUUCUAGAUUCAUUGAAUUAAGUGAGUUGAGUGCGCAAUCGUUUUGUGGCCAUAUGUCUCGCUUGGUCCUUUCCAGCCUCUCAUUACCGAAAAGAAACCUUUGAAGCCUGUAAGAAAACAAAUCUGUUCUUGGUUGUUGCUAAUAAUUAGCUUCGAUUUUCAGUUGCAGUCUGUGUUCAAAUAUUUCUCUUGAUUUCUUAACAUAGGUUUUGAUGAUUCUUGAAAACAGGCAGUAGGAGCAAUUACGUACUUACAGGCGACCAGAUUUUUGAUCUUCUGCUGGUAAAGAUUCAUUUCUUGAUGUGUUGAUAUCAAGUGUGUGGAAAAGCAUUUGCUUUGCUUUUUGUUGCUAAUGCUUUUUUCGAAAAAGAUACAAUGCAUGAUCACCACUUUAUGAAACCUUUUUGGUCAUAGAUUCACGGAUGGUUGCUUAAUUCAAAAUAGAGUUUUUUCUUUGCUUCAAAAAGUUGUAGGAACUCGAGUUUGACCCAACCUCAAGUCCUGGAAACAAGAGGCAAUACGAAAUUCUUUCACCGCUAUUAUCCUGUCAAGUUUAACAAUUCUAUAUACUCCCCUGCCUGCACCACCUUGGCCAAAGGGAAGCUAGGCGUGGUAAGCGAAACCAGACCUAAGUCAUGGAAACAACAUUGACUUGCUACUAAACUGUUUGUGCUCCUUUUGUAAAUGCAUUCUUAAAUUUUUAUAAUUUCUAAAGUACGAUCAAAGUAAAGCAGAUUGAAUACCUAAGGAUUUGUUCCGUUUUUUAAAAAGUUUGAGAAGAAUAGAGCAUUUACUGUUUGUUAUGGCAAACAACAUCCUAAAUGAAUUUUUCCAACUAGAUUUUGGAGCUUUCUCCGUGGACUCUUCAGAAAUCGAAUCGAAACUAAACAACCACAUUACUAACUAAUACCUUGCAUUAUCUAAUAAAUAAGCUCAUCAAUUUAGAAAAGUAAAAUACGGAAUUUUAGCUUUUCAGUACAGAAAUAUUUUCUGUGCUGUUUCAAGGUAUUACAAACAUCGAAGUAAUGAUUAAUUUCUUGAUUUGUUUUUUCAAGUACUGAAAGUUUCGUAAUACUAAAAUUCUUAAAUGCCAAAAUACUUCUUUCUCGAAAGACAAAUCACACAUAAGAACGUACGAAGACAUGGCAUAGGACAAAGCACCUAAUAGAAAAGCUUCCUUUUAUCAAUGUCAGUUAAAUCAGAAUUAAGUACGUUAAAAAGAAUCAUUGUUAUCACAUCUUGAAAAGAAUUACAAUCAGACACUUUGUUAAAGCUGAGUUGGAUCAGUACUGUGGCUUCUUAUUUUUUUUAUUUUGGGGUCGGUUAGUUACAAUUAUAAAGAAUGCGCUAUUAUAUACCAAUAGGUCGGCAACCUUUAAAAAAACAGAGUGCUCGGACCGCCAUCCAGCAUAUGCCUAAGGCUUUCCUCGUAAUCUCUGUUGUAUAUUCUAUGGUUUAAUUUCUAUAAAAAAGCAGCGACGUUUAUUGUAAAGAUCAAUAUUUAGUCUUGUGAAUGACCAUUUCAUAUACGAGCCAACUUCAAUUGGUAUAUUUUUCCUUUUAUUUGUUCAUGGUCAAAUAUUGCGAGAAUUUGAGUCAUUGUAUUCACAUCGUUCCAUGAUUAUUACUUUUUCUUGUUUAUCCUGAAACUUUGAAUUGUUGACAAGCUUUUACACAUGUUUACAAAAUCUUAACCAUUAACAAAGGGAUGCCAGGUUUCGGUGAAGUUUUUUUCAGAUUUUCUAAACGUGAAAUUCAUUGUAAAUUCAACGUCAAUAUCAUCAACCCUAGGGGUUGACCCGACCCGUUGCUCAGUGGCGUACCCAGGGCUGUAGCAGUGGCGGGGUCUGGGGCGCUUUUAAGGGCGUGGUCCAAUUUUUUUACCACGCCCUUAAAACACUCGCAAAUGCGGGAAAACGCCCUUUUGCACAUUUUUCCCCAUUAUUUGAUUCAUGUAAGCUACCGUAAAUAGCAAAGCAUUUUACAAUUGUUAUGGACGCAAGCAUACAGUAUACUACCCCCUCCCCCCCCCCCAAUGAGUUUUACAUCGUUUUUGGACAAAUCUCGAGGACCAUAUUUUAGAAAAGUGGGGGGAGUCCGGACCCCUCCAUACCACUGCCGUUGCUGAUAAAAACUAUGAAUUAAUUUGAAAUAUUGCAUAAGCAGAGGUUUUUGGUCAAUUUUUUGAUGCAGUAAUUCAAGUGCUGGCUUUGGUUAGUUUGAUAAACAUUUAGCUCUUAUAAACGGUCAGCGCUUUUUCCACCAGCCUUAUGCAUAUUGAAGUUUCUGCUAUCAAUUCAGUUCGAAUACUCCAAGUAUAUAUGCAAUAGCCAGAGGAUUAAUGUGAUGAAAUAGCGAUGCAGAGAGUACACCGUGUCGUGUUUUGCCAGGAUUAAAUAUCAAUUUAUAGACCCAUCCUUCUAGUGUCCUGUUUGCUUUAGAAGUUUUUCUCUUUUGAGAGCUUUGUCCAAUGUGGUGUAUAAUUAAGUUAAUUUGGCAUCAAGAGACGACGUUUCGAAGCUAGUGCCCAGGUUCUUGAACGUAUACCAACUGCUCGCUGUAAUUUGUGUCAAUUUGUCGGCUUAAAUGUUUUUUCCAAUGAAAGCUGCUGUUUUUUCAAAUUUGACUGGAAAUUUUUCAAUAAAGUGCAGAAUGUGUUUAGUUUGUAUUAUUAAUGAUUGAAUGGCUUUCCCAGACUCUUUGGACGUCUUAAUGUGGCUCAAAAAGCCACUCCUUGUACUCUUAUGCUUGUAACCAUAUAGUCUCGUCCCUUCCUAUUGAAUUUGAAAACAUUAAUCGCCUUCAUUUCU